AACCUGUCCUUUUCCUUUAAUGAAAGUUAUAAUAUAGAUUAGUUCAUGAAUAAAUUGAGAAUAUAGAGUCCUAAUUUUCCCGUGACAGUCUCUCCUUCCAAGUGAGUUGGGUGAGAGUGGAAAUACAUCUCCUUUUGCUUGUGCUUUCUAUACUCAAUGGCAUCUGCAUCUUUUCUCUUGUUAUGGACACCUCUUGCAUUUCUCUUCAGUUCACCACUGCUGCCUACUUUUGGUCUUGGCAAUCCGGGUGGUCCAACCCAUCAAAGACAUGAAGUUGUGGCAAGCCAUGGUGUUGUUGCUACUGAUGAUGGCAGAUGUUCCAGAAUUGGGAUGGAUGCUCUUCGUGAAGGUGGUCAUGCAGUUGAUGCUGCUGUCGCCGCAUCUCUUUGCUUGGGAGUCGUGGGACUAGCGUCAAGUGGUAUGGGGGGAGGAUCCUUUAUGUUGAUCUUGCUAGCUAGCGGAGAGGCACAAGCCUUUGAUAUGAGAGAAACUGCCCCUAUGAAAGCUUCCGAGGAUAUGUAUGCUGGCAAUGCUACUAAAAAAGCUAGAGGUGCGCUCUCAAUAGCAGUUCCAGGGGAACUUGCUGGUCUUCACAGAGCUUGGAGAAGGUAUGGAAGGCUUCCAUGGAAAAGGCUUGUAAGGCCAGCUGAGCAGCUUGCUUGCAAAGGAUUCAAAAUUUCACCGUACCUUCAUAUGCAGAUGGUCAAAACAGAAUCAGGGAUUCUGGCUGACAAGGGGCUUCGAGACUUGCUUACAUCCAAUGGCAAACUUUUGCAACCAGGAAAUAUCUGCUACAACCAGAAACUAGCACAUACACUCGGGAAGAUAUCAAAGCAUGGCAUAGAGGCCUUCUAUAACGGGUCAAUAGGAUCCAAAUUGGUUAAGGAUAUCCAGAAGGCUGGAGGGAUCUUGACAAGAGAGGAUUUGCGGAGAUAUCAAGUUAAAAUGCGAGAUCCAAUCGUUGCUGAUAUUCUAGGCUUCAAAAUACUUGGAAUGCCCCCUCCUUCUUCGGGGGGUGCUUCAAUGAUGCUUAUUUUGAACAUUCUUGCCCAAUACGGAGCCCCUUCUGGCUUUUCGGGCCCUCUUGGGAUCCAUCGAGAAAUUGAAGCUCUAAAACAUGCAUUCGCUGUUAGAAUGAAUCUUGGUGACCCUGAUUUUAUCAAUGUCACUGAAGUCGUAUCUGACAUGCUGUCUCCCAAAUUUGCUGAAACGUUAAAGAAAACCAUAUAUGACAAUAUGACUUUUGAUCCUCGUCAUUAUGGUGGCAGGUGGAACCAGAUCCAUGAUCACGGCACAAGUCAUAUUUCAGUUGUAGAUACUGAAAGAAAUGCUGUCUCCAUGACCAAUACUGUGAACGCAUAUUUUGGUUCGAAUAUACUGUCUCCGAGUACGGGAAUACUUCUAAACAAUGAAAUGGAUGAUUUCUCUAUCCCCAUGAACAAUGGAGACGUUCCACCUCCAGCACCUCCCAAUUCCAUCCGCCCAGGGAAGAGGCCAUUAUCAUCCAUGACGCCUACUAUCAUUUUGAAGGAUGAGAAACUGAAAGCCGUGGUAGGUGCAAGUGGAGGAGCCAUGAUCAUUGCUGGGACUACAGAGGUUAUCUUAAAUCAUUUGAGGGGCAUGGAUCCACUCCAUUCUGUGCUUGCUCCCAGAGUUUAUCAUCAGCUGAUACCCAACGUGGUGCAGUAUGAGAAUUGGACGACACCAUAUGGUGAACACUAUGAAGUUCCUGCUAAUAUCAGAGCAUUCCUUCGUAAAAGGGGCCAUGUCCUCCAAAGCCUUGCUGGUGGGAGUAUUUGUCAAUUCAUUUUUGUUGAUGUAGAAACUAGCAGGAAAAAUAAAGGUAGGGGUAAGCUUGUGGGUGUCAGCGACCCUAGAAAAGGAGGUUUUCCUGCUGGUUAUUAACAUGGUUAGGUCUCUUUACUUCCCUAAUAGAAUGUUUCAAGUGCUAAUAGGCAAAGGUUGAAACAAAAUAAUGGUGUUGAGUAACU